AGUAUACAAAAGAAAAUUAUAAAUGAGUUUAUAUAAAUAUACCAAAUUUCUCUAAAUUUCAUAAAAAGGUAAUUUCAUACUUUAUUCAAAAAGCUCAUUUGAUAUCAUUUUUGUAUAACUCAUAUUAGAAAGUUCCUGUUUCGUGUGUACCUACUGGUGUAAAACAUUUACAUCACAAGGCUAUGGAAUAUGAUAUUGGAGUUUAUUUUGAAGUAAAUGGUCAUGGUACUGUUAUCUUCAAAGAUUCUGCUCAUAAAACCAUCAAAGCUGCUGCUCAAGAUAAUAGUUUACCUAAAAGUGAACAGAAAGCAGCUUUAAUUUUGAAGUAUGUUAUUGAUGUUAUUAAUCAAACUGUUGGAGAUGCUUUGAGUGAUAUGUUGUUAGUAGAAUUAAUUUUACAUGCUAAGGGAUGGGAUGUAGUUACAUGGCAGGAAAGUUAUGAGGACCUUCCUAAUAAGCAAGUAAAAGUAAAAGUUCAAGAUAGAAAUGCAAUAACUACUACAGAUGCAGAAAGAUGUUGUGUAACACCUAAAAGAUUGCAGGAAGAAAUAAACAAAAUUGUAUCUAAAUAUCCGAGAGGGUGUUCUUUUGUGAGACCUUCUGGAACUGAAGAUAUUGUUCGUGUGUAUGCUGAAUGUGAGAGUUAUUCUGACAUUGAAAAACUCACUGCUGAAGUGUCAUUAUCAGUUUACAAUUUAGCAGGAGGAAUUGGUGAAAUCCUCAAGUGCCAUCAUAAAUUGAAAUGAUUGUAAAUUUUAUCCAUAAUACAUUAUACUAUUCAUUUAAUUUUAUACUUGUGGAAAAAAAUGGUGUGGAUGAAAUAGUUAUGGUUGAAAACAAUAUUUUUGUAUCUAUCAUUAUAAAUAAGUUUCAAAGUAAAUGUCUCAGAAAAAAAGUAUUUUAAUAAAGAAAUAUUUUACAAAUAUGUAUUUUAUAGUAAUUUAUGUACGGAUUCUCAACGUAUUUAUUUGUUAUUGCUUCUGUAGGUAUGACAACCGUAUUGAUUUUCUAAUUCACAGUUGUUUGAGUAGUAAGAACAAAAGAUCCUUUAUUUUAAUCAUUUCAAUAAUAUUUCAUUAAAUAUUGUAAACUGUAAAAAUGUGGCAAGACAAUUCAGUCAAAUUUGAUAUUGGUUUAUCUCAGAUGGAAUUAAGAUCGGGUGAACAUUUAAUUGAUAAAUUAGAACUAAUAGAAGAUACAAAAGGUAAUGCAGGGGAUCGCGGUAGACUGUUGGUAACCAAUCUCAGACUCAUGUGGCAUUCAAUUGCAUAUCCUCGUAUUAAUUUAAGUAUAGGCUUCAAUACUUUUGUUACUAUAACAACUAAAGUUAUUAAUACGUUAUAUGGAAGUACUACUCAAGCGUUGUAUAUUUUAACUUCAUUUAAAAAUUGUCGGUAUGAGUUUGUAUUUAGCAAUUUGGACACCAGAAGUUCUCGACAUUAUACUUCAGUAAUGGGUGUUCAUAGAGCAUACAUUUCAUCAAAAAUAUAUAGAGAAAUUAAAUUAAGAGUAGGCAUCAUUAAUGAUAAAAGAUUAACUCUAUUACCACAAGAAAUUAUAAAUGAAACGUUACCAGGAGUUUGGAAUUUGUCAACAGAACAAGGCAAUGUCGGAACUUUUAUUGUUACUAACAUAAGGAUAGUUUGGUAUGCAGAAAUAAAUCAACAGUUCAAUGUGUCUAUGCCUUAUUGAACAAUAGCUAAUAUGAAUGUAAGGAAUUCGAAAUUUGGACCAACGCUCGUAAUAAACAGUACUGAAGCAUCUGGUUCUUAUAUCCUAGGAUUCAGAGUUGAUCCAGUUUCUAAAUUAUAUUCUCUACACAAGGAAUUAACGUCGCUUUACGCAGCAUACAACAAAUCACCAAUUCUAGGUAUUGAAUAUACGUUUGAACACCAGUCAGUUCCGCAACCUGAAUCGAUAACAGAAAAAUUUACUGAAAUCGAGUCAUGUGAAGAUGAAAUAUCAAAUGCUUUCAAUAUGUACUUCUCAGAAGGUGGUGUAAAUCAAAGAAAGCCAAUAUUAGCAACAAAUUUAGGACUUGCUGCUGAAGAACCAAGAGAAGGAAGUACUUUAGAAACGUUAUGGGAAUUACUUCCAUCUAAGUAA